CUUAUACAUAAUCCGUCGCCAUACACUGGUGAAAGCCUCAAAGCGUACAAGAGUACCGAGGCAUAUCGGUACUUUGUUGCGGGCUGGGUCAUUGACUCGAAGAUAUGGCAUCUUCACAAGAAGAAGAUGUUUCUCGUGAAAGGAAAGGUGAACCACUCUCAGGCCGUCAACAUGACCCCCACACAACCAUGGAUCGUGGUCCAUGAUGAUGGGACAAUUUUAAUGGCCCACUGCACCUGCAAAGCGGGACUGGGCGAAGCAUGCUCGCAUGCAGCUGCUCUCAUGUAUGCUGUCUUAGCAGCGGUAAAUCUUAAAGAUGGACUGUCCAGUACAGAGAUGCCCUGUGCCUGGGUUCUUCCAAGCAAAACUGGCAAGGUGCAGUACGAGGAAAUCUGCAACAUCUCAUUCAUGAAGAAGAAGACUGUAACAUACUCACCACUACCCAGCAUUCCUGUCCCUACAGAAGAGGAGUAUAUGGAGUUCUACCAAAAACUGCAUGAAUGUGAUGUUCAGGAAGAAAGUACAAAGGGGACUGCUAUCUUGUCUGUGAUCGAGGGCCACUCUCACAGAUACAAACCAAAGACCCUUCAACUGAAUUUGCCCGAACCACUUUCUAAAUUAUAUUCAAAGGCAAAGUUGCAUGCUGAUUUCUCGUCCUUACUAGUAGAGAGUGAAAGCAUCUUUGACAAUCUUCAGAUAACAGAGCAACAGGUAUGUACUGACAAAUUGCAAGUCUUUAGUUUUAAUGUUUACAUUAAUAGCUUUAUUUUGUUGAAAUAGAAUUACAUUUUUCAACUUUCAGUCCUUA